UGAAAACUCCAAAGAGCGCGCUAGGUAUCCCAGGUUUGGGUCGUUGACGUCAACACCUCAUCCCAAGAUUUCCGCCUGCUGGAUUUUCGCAUCGAACCUAUUUAAACAAAAUUUCUCAAAUAUUCUUCAUACAGAUGAGGUUGUUUCGAUCUUCCUGCAUUUUUAGAAGCCUUGUUUCACCCGCAAUGACCGUCACGACAGUCCCUGCGACGCAUCCCAUUGCAAGACGUGGCCCGGUCUCACAAAGAAGUACAGCAGAGUUACACCAAUCCAGCGAUCUCCAGCACCAACGUCGCGAGGCUCACAUUCCCAAAGGGUCAAAUGACGAGGAACAGCUUUACAUCCUGACACUUCUUACCGACAAGCGACACCAUGAUGAGAUGACUGCGCUGCGAAGGCAAUGGUUUCCUCCACGAUUGCUCAAGGUCGACGCUCAUAUCACUCUGUUCCACGCGUUACCUGGUUCCAAACUGUCAAAGGUUAAGGCAGAUAUUGCGGAUGUCGCAGCUCGAACAGCAAGAUUUCCGAUUGGUGUCGGAGAUCAGGACGUUUACGAAAUGGGAAAAGGCGUUGGCAUCAAGCUCUAUGCUGGUCAGAAGAGGGCAUUGAGCAUACGCAGUGAAUUGAGGGACAAAUGGGAGUCUUUUCUGAGCGAUCAAGAUAGACGAGAGAAAUGGAGAGGUCACUACACCAUUAUGAAUAAACAGGAUGAUAAGGAAGAGGUACAGAAGUGUUUGAACUAUUUGAAGGAGGGACAUGCAGAGAGUAAAGGUACUGUUGAAGGACUGAAUCUGUGGCUAUAUGACAGAGGUUGGUGGAGGGAAGACGAGGUAUUUAAAUUCUCGGAAGAGGCAUAAAGAUAGACCUAGAUUGUAGGAUUAAAUCGAGUUUUGGCCGAAGCCACA